GAACAGCAAGACACAAGCGAUUUUCUCAAAUUCAUGAUCAAAAGGCUAUGUUACCUGUGAGAACGACCAGAAAAAUGACAGCAGUUAAAGCCAAAGAUGUGAAGUCACUCUUACCUCUGAUGAUAAUAAUGGUGAUAAUUUUCUUGGUGCUUCUGUUCUGGGAAAAUGAGGUGAACGAUGAAGUAGUGACGUCAACCUUAGAACACCUGCAUGUGGACUACCCUCAGAAUGACGUUCCCGUUCCUGCAAGAAGAGAUUACACUACAUCUGAGAUGGAGACCUUUCCUCUGCUGCUGCUCAGCCUGGGGCUGGUUCUUGCAGAAGCAUCAGAAAGCACAAUGAAGAUAAUUAAAGAAGAAUUUACAGAGGAAGAGAUGCAAUAUGACAUGGCAAAAAGUGCCCAAGAAAAACAGACCAUUGAGAUAUUAAUGAACUCGAUCCUGUUAGUUAAAAAUACCAGCCUCAGCAUGUCCAAGGAUGAUUUGUCUUCCUCGUUACUGACAUUCAGAAGGUUACAUCAUAAUGACCCUACGGGAAACAGUUCAGGUAAUGACAAAGAGUGUUGCAAUGACAUGACAGUCUGGACAAAAGUUUCAGAAGCAAACAGAUCGUGCAAGUGGAGCAAUAACCUCAUCCAUGACUCCACAGAAGUGAUGCACAGGGUCCACAAGGCCCCCAGCUGCAAGUUUGUACAGAAUCCUGGCAUAAGCUGCCGUGAGAGCCCAGAACUGGAAAAUACAGUGUGUCAGCUCACUACAGACAAACAAUUCCCCAGGUGCCAAUACCAUAGUGUUACCUCGUUAGAGAAGAUAUUGACAGUAUUGACAGGUCAUUCUCUGAUGAGCUGGUUAGUUUGUGGCUCUAAGUUGUAAAUCCCACAGAGCUUUAAGACUAGGGUCUUACUAAAGAAGGACCUCUUCAUGUUCAUUCUUGUGUCUUUCCUUAAUAUCUACUCUUUAGCACUAUAGUAAACUCUUGAUUAUUUAUUCUAACUGGAGGAGUUAAAAAUUCAAAAUUGUGGAUAAUUCAAUUAAAAUUUAUAACUGAUACUGGAGUGCAGAUUCUUCUCUCUGUCUCUCUCUCUAUGUAUGUGUGUGUGUGAGGGGGGUGGUGGGGUCGGGGGGUGUCUGAAACAAACUGAAUUUCAUCCUAGCUCAGCUAUAAAGCCAAGAAACAAGAGUCCACCUAACUAGGCAGAAUUAAGGAAAGAAGGCCUAAAGCCAAUAUGGACAAUUAAAAACUAAUUGUACUGCCAAUGAUACUGUUCAGAAAAAUAGUGAUGAGUGUGACACAUAUUAUUAUCACUACUCUCUUCAAAGGGUAUGUGCUCACAUGCGUGUGAACUGAUGUAUGCACACAACAAAGGGUCUGCCUGUCCUUUAGGAGAUGCCAGAGGAAAAAGAUCCUUUGGCUUAGCUGUUGCUCUCAGUGUCAAUAGCUCCAGCCCUAUGCAAUCUCCACUCUUCCACCCUCAUCUCUAUUUCACAGGUUGCAGUAAAGAGAAGAAAAUUCUGACUGUAAUCUUUAUUCAAGCAAAGUCUUGAUACCCUGGGGCUGUGGGAGAGGAAUGGCAAGCCAUGGAAAAAUAGAGGAGGCAGAAAGAAAGAUGGGAACAGAAAGUCUGUGCCAAGUACCAGGCAGGACUGGUCUUCAACCUUGAUGUCUUAUGAUACUGUAGUUAAUUUUGUUCACUACCAGCUAUUUGUUUGUAAGCGUUCAUGAUUCAUUCUGCAUAAAGUAUGGGCAGUUAUCUUCUUCACUGAUGUGUGGCCAUAUGCUUCUAUUCCUCUCCUUAAAUUCUCCCUCCAUCCUGAGACCCCUCUUUCUUAAUGUUCUAAUUUUAAAUAAAUGCAUGUAAAUG